AUGGAGGAAGUCCACCAGUCUGCAAAGAUGAAGUGCCUUGAAGGCCGCCCCUUAAGUCGAAGCUCAGGCAAGUACUGUGGCCGCUUGGCUCUUGAAGAGCUGGAGGAAGAAGAAAAUGAAGUGGAAGAGGAGGUCCUGGAUUCAGAUCCCACCACAGACCUGGAAGAAGUGGAGGAAGAGGUGGAAGAGGAGGAAGAGAAUAAUAGUCUGCAGGACUCAGCUGCUCUCAGUGCAUCCCAUAACACCCAGAGAAGUCUUCUCAGGCCCCCUCAAGUCAAGGCACCGGGUAUGCUGGGGAUGUCACCUGUUUCCUUGCACUUUCUGUGGCAGACCCUGUCACCAGUUGCUUGUGGGCCCACAUUUCCCGGAGCCAACUCCCUUGCAAGACACUUCGGACGUCAACUGCCUUCACCAGACCCAGGUCUUUUCUGCAGCCCACCGACCUCAUGGUCCCCUAAGUUCAGUCAUCUGACCCAGCUUCACCCUCAGCAUCAACGGAUCCUACAGUUCAAGCAGAAACAGCAGCACAGUCGAACACCAAGCCCCCCAGCCAAGAAGCCUGGGCCUCAGCAACCAGACUCAUAUGCUAACCUAAUGACCCAGAAAGAGAAGGACUGGGUGAUCAAAGUGCAGAUGGUUCAGCUGCAGAGUGAGAAUCCCCACCUGGAUGACUACUACUAUCAGGAAUAUUAUUGGAGACUAGAGAAGAAGCAGGUGGAUGAAGAGCUACUUGGACAAAAGAGCAAGGUUGAGUCCUGCAAGCUGGUAACACCUUACAUUCAGAAGGCAGAGGCUUACGAGUCAGUGGUUCGAAUCGCGGGGUCCCUGGGCCAGGUGGCUGUGUCAACUUGUUUUAGCCCUCGCCGAGCCAUUGAUGCUGUACCCCACGGAACUCAAGAACAGGACACAGGAGCUUCAAUCAGUCAGAAGCUACGGGUAUUGUACUGGAUUGAGAAGAUGUUCCUUCAGUUACUGGAGGUAGAGGAGAGCCAGAAGAAUAGAACUCCACAACCCUGCUUUGAGCAGCAGAGCAGGCAGGUUGAAAAGCUCUUUCAGGCCUUGAAGAUCCAGGAGCAAAAUAAUCUGGAGGAGGUGACAGAUGGCUUCCUGCAGGUGCUAUCUGUACGGAAGGGGAAAUUACUAGUGGCCCGGCUGCUCCCUUUCCUACGCCAGGAUAAGGCAGUUAAUCUCCUUUUGCCUAUCAUCCACCAUCUACCCCUCCUGAUUAGGAGGGACAUGACUGAUCAGGCCCUGCAAAUGAUGUUCAAACCUCUGUGUAAAUGUAUCAGUCUCUUGACCUUCCAUGAACUCCUCCAAGGACUUAAGGGACUAAUACUGUUACAACCUGGCUCCUCUGAGCGGCCAGUCACUGUGGUGCUUCAGAAUCAGUUUGGUGUAUCGUUGUUGUAUGCUCUGUUGAGUCGUGGGGAGCAGCUGCUGUCCCUGGAUUCUACCCUCAAGAAACCAAAUAGUGACCAUACAGUUUGGACAGACAUAGUGGUUCUGAUUGCCUGGGAGAUAGCCCAAAUGCCUACAGCUUCUCUUGCAGAACCCCUAGUCUUCCCCAGCAACCUUCUUUCCCUGUUCUGUUACCACGUGGAUAGACAACUGUUAAAACAGCUGGAGGCUAGGAUGGAGUAAGUGAUGGCAGAACCAGGUCCAAGUUCUUGUUCAAAUCUACUCUAGGUUCUGUCACUCAUCUCUAAUGUAGAACGUGAAGAAUAACUCACUUCUGGUAGUUCUGGGCACCGUGACAUUGACUCCAGGAUAUACCCCUGCAGUCCAUCUAGAAAAAUUAUUUCUGGGGCCAGGAGCUGUCGCACCUGGUUAAGCACACAUAUUACAGUGCACAAGGUCCCCGGUUCAACUCCUUGAUCCCCACCUGAAGCUGGAAAGCUUCAUAAGUGGUGAAGCAGGGCUGUAGGUGUCUCUCUUUCCCUCUAUAUCUCCCCCUCUCUUAAUUUGUCUCUAUCCAAUAAAUAA